GGACUAAAUUCCCGCGACAGCCUCAACCGACCCCAAGUGCCAGCCUCAGCGCCCGCGCCUUCGGAUAGAGUACUGCCUGCGCUUCCUCCGCGCACCCUCCGACUGCUGACCGACGGAGCCCCCCGCUCUCUCGUCUCGUGUUCUCCCUGCGGACCGGACACAUAGUAUGAACUUUAGGUGUUUCGUCUCCCAGCCAUUUUCUAUGGAAAACCAACAGGAUCGGGCCAUGAUAGCUGCUGGCAGCUUUGAAGAACGGGACACCUUUAGAGAAGCUUGAUCUUAGCGGCCUCAGCGUGAGACCUUACAAAGCCGGAUUCCGGCAGAGUUCCUCUAUCUCGUCUUAUUGCUGGUUGAAGGUGCCCCCUUCUCCACUUUGUCUUCAUCUUCUGGGAGGUAGCUGGAAAUCAGCAUCAUGGUUGGGUUUAAGGCCACAGAUGUGCCCCCUACUGCCACCGUGAAGUUCCUGGGGGCUGGCACAGCUGCCUGCAUUGCAGAUCUCAUCACCUUUCCCCUGGAUACUGCAAAAGUCCGGCUGCAGAUCCAAGGAGAAAAGCAGGCGGCAGUGAGAGCUGCGGCCAGUGUCCAGUACCGCGGCGUGCUGGGCACCAUCCUGACCAUGGUGCGCACCGAGGGGCCCCGCAGCCUCUACAACGGGCUGGUCGCCGGCCUGCAGCGCCAGAUGAGCUUUGCUUCUGUCCGCAUCGGCCUCUAUGACUCUGUCAAGCAGUUUUACACCAAGGGCUCUGAGCAUGCCAGCAUUGGGAGCCGCCUCCUGGCAGGCAGCACCACAGGUGCCUUGGCUGUGGCUGUGGCCCAGCCCACGGAUGUGGUAAAGGUCCGGUUCCAGGCUCAGGCCCGGGCUGGAGGUAGCCAGAGAUACCAAAGCACCGUUGAUGCCUACAAGACCAUUGCCCGAGAGGAAGGGUUCCGGGGACUCUGGAAAGGGACCUCUCCCAAUAUUGCUCGUAAUGCUAUUGUCAACUGUGCUGAGCUGGUGACCUAUGACCUCAUCAAGGAUGCCCUCCUGAAGGCCAACCUCAUGACAGAUGACCUUCCCUGUCACUUCACUUCUGCCUUCGGGGCAGGCUUCUGCACCACCAUCAUCGCCUCCCCUGUGGAUGUAGUCAAGACGAGAUACAUGAACUCUGCCCUGGGCCAGUACAGCAGCGCUGGCCACUGUGCCCUCACCAUGCUCCGGAAGGAGGGUCCCCGGGCCUUCUACAAAGGGUUCAUGCCCUCCUUUCUCCGUUUGGGUUCCUGGAACGUGGUGAUGUUCGUCACCUAUGAGCAGCUGAAACGGGCCCUCAUGGCUUCCCGCACUUCCCGGGAGGCUCCCUUUUGAGCCUCUCCUGCUGCCAGCCUGACCACCUCUGGCUUGGCUUCGGCUCCAGCCGGCCCUGCUUCCCCUCCCUCACUCCCCGCCUUCUGCUCCCAUUUCUACCACCCCCUCCCUCUCCCCACCUCUCCUCCCUACCUCUUCUCCCCGUGGCCUCUCAGUCCUGUUGGAGUGGAUCCCAGCUGACACUGUGGCAGCCCUGACACCAGCGAGCAUCCCAAGCCUCUCAGCCCAACGCUUCAAGAUCCUGUCCCCAAGCCCAGAGAGCACAUCACCCAUAAAACACGCUCAACCUUG